AUGUCGAGUGGUACAAGGCGAAGACGCAGUUUGUAUAUAAAAUGCGGUCUUUCAUUUUUUCCCGCAAUAAAACUAAAGAAAUCUUGUUGCUGGUUGCAAAGUCAUCUUCUAGCGUUGCUAAGAAGUGAUUCUAUGUUUGAUGUCUUCAAAAAUCUAAGUGAUGGUUUCACUAAUAAUUAUGAUGAUGGCUUCAUCUGUCAAUGCUGUUAUGAUCUCACAGCUCCAUUUUUAAAAUUUUCUUUUUCAUUGAACGCCGGUAAGCGGAAAUCCGCUUUCGACGAACUACAAAAGAAAUGUGAAAAUAAACUAGUUGAUAUACUUUUGCUUCAAGAACCAGCAUUGCACAAAGGCAAAACCCUUUUUCUUUUAAAUCUAAGUAGAAAUGAUUUAAGAGUUAUGAUGGGUGUCUUAACAGGACACUGCUGUCUAUACAAACAUUUGAAUUCAAUGCAAAGGACGCAACUUAUUAACUGUAGAUAUUGCAAAGGCAUGACAGAAGAAACUAUGCAACAUGUUGUAGCAUCUUGCGAUGCACACUCUAGAGUAAGGCUAAGAGUCUUCAACCACACUGUCAUCAAUGCCGAGGAGCUCGCGGAGUUCGCUCAUAAAACGAAGGAAAAUAAAAAAGCAGCACUCAUAUGCACGGAAUUUAAGUUUUCGUUGCCACCCAUGGCAAAAACACUUUAG